AGGUCCCCAAGAACACAGUGGUCUCCAUCAUUCUUAAAUGGAAGAAGUUUGGAACCACCAAGACUCUUCCUACACUCUAAAAAUAAAAGGUUCCUAGAGUAUCCUUUAGGAGUUCUUCAAAAUAAAACUGUGGGGGAACCUCUCUAAGUUCUCCAAAGAACCCUAUAAAAUGGUUCCUCAAAGGACCCCUUUCAAUGGAUCCUCGAAUAACCUUUUGAAGAACCUGAUUUUAGUGGUAAAGCAGAAUAUACAAUUCCAACGAUGAUAAACUCCCAGCCGAGCCUACGUCCAAUGGGUAGAUCCUCUGGCAUGUUGAUUUUUAAACCUUUUUUAUCAACGCAUACAUUUUUUGCAAAUGUAUGCCUUUAUUACGAUAUUAUUUAUAUUGCCUGAAUACUCAACGAUGAUUAACACCACAGUUAUGUGUGCUUCUGUCAGGGUUGUGGUCAAAUGCAUGUCAUUUAAAGUCCAUUGAGCAAUUGAACAAAAAUCCAAUUCAUUUUGAAAAUGUUCCUUAUUGCAAAAGCAUGUAACAGAAUUUGGGUAUUCCAGAACUGUAAUUUGCAUGUAAAUAAACAUAACCCUGUUUUAUGUUUUUAACACUGCAGAUAGAAUGCUCUGAGUGCCAGAGAUGGUACCAUUCAGCUUGUCUGGGGAUGACAAGGAAGGAUUUCAACAAAGGCAAAAUAGAAAAUGAUUGGAAGGGGCCUCUUUGCUGUUAAAUUAGAGACGUUUAAAUAAAUUACUGUUGUACCUUGUAACUACUUUAAAUGUGUAACUGCUGCACUAAAAAUGCAAACAGUGAUUUGGUAUACAAUUUAAGAUUGUAAACCUUGUCUAACUUCAGAUAGAGCAAAUUGCACUUGAAAUUAACAUUUCUUUAAAGUUAUUGCAAAUAAAUGCAUAUUUUAACUUUUUUCUCAGACAAUCACUGAAUUAGAUUUCUUCAUCUUUAAAUGCAAUUUUUGAGAUUUUAUGUAUUUCUGUCAAAUCAAAACUGGAUUUCUAUUCAAGGCAAAGGUUGUAAAAGUAUACUAGACAUUUAUAGAAUAAAUCAUAUCUAGUUUGAUGUUUAUGUGACAAAUGGUGAAUUAGUUAUUGAUUUAUGCCGUAGUAGCAGCCUACAAGGUAUUGCAUACUGAUACAUUUUUUAAGAGCUCAACCUACUCGCGCAUCGAUUGGCCAGGUGGACUCUUCUGUCGGUUUUCAUUGGUUUGUGGUAAUAGUAUUUCACUCAUAUUUUGCCAUGUAAUUUCCUAUGAAUAUUGUGUGUGGUUGCUGGCGUAGGUGCGGAUCAUUUAUAACAUACGAAGUGGAGAAAGACAGUUGUCCAGACGAGAGGAUGCGCAUAAAAUAAUCUAUUUUUUCUCCUCGCUCCCUUGUGAAUGCCAUGAUGUGGGAAUGGAAUUUCUAACUGAGGCAGGAGUUUGCGUGUCCAAAUGUAGACAUUUGCAUGUAACAAAGAGAAGAGGAUAAACCACUAAGAAUGUUUUGCACAAAAUUGAAAGACCUGAAAAUCUCUGGAGAAUGUCCAUUCGCCGGUAUUGGUCGUGUGGACGAACCCGGAGACUUUGAGGAACGUACAAGUGACCAUACCGGGGAUGUACUGGCAAUUUCCAAGGAUGUGUAUGGACAUGUAUCGGAGGUGCUACCUCAAAGGAAGACAAGCAAGACUAGAGUCAAUCUUCAUUCAUUAGGGGAGAGCAUCCGCAAGUUAGUAUGUCCCGAGUUUCAAAGACUGCAUACUGCCUUUCUGCAAAUGAUGAAACAGCAUACGUUAGACAAGAAAUGCCCUUCCGUGUGUUAUGCAGACAUCUGUCAAGAUAGGACCUUUGAUCGACCAGAGCAUUUACUGGAGAUCAUGAAGAAUUAUUCUCUCAAAACAGGUAUUCACAUGGACGCUUUGAAAGUCUCCCUUGGCGAGGAGCUGUUCCAAACGUGCUUCGAAGAGGACAGCCAUAUUCUGCGGGUGGUGGGGGGAGCCCUCAGUGACUUCCUGAACAGCUUCAAUGUCCUGUUGAAACAGGGCAUCGUCCCAAACCCGCCAGAACCAGCCGCUCUGCAAGCCAACCUAGACAGAAUAACAGAUAAUGUAAACAACGAAACAGCGUCGGUGCUGUGCCUGGACAAGGAUCUGGGUCUGCACACCGUCUACUACUUCAACCCCGGGCAGACCACGGAGUUCUUCUUCCCUGGGGUCAUCAAGGCGGCUGCCCGCCUGCUCUACGACACCACCGUGGAGGUGUUCAUGGACAUGGAGAUGGACCUUCAAGGAGGCACCAAGGAGAGCGUAGGCCCCUUGCAGUUCCAAGCUGGGCCCCGGCAGCCCAGCCUGCUCUACUCGGUGGUGGUGAAGGAUGCCAAGAGCCUGAGCCCCAGUCCCAUGAGGGCCACGUCGGUUGGGACCAUGCCCACCUCGCUCUUCUCCUCCACCUUCCCUUUCCACCUCUUUCUGGAUCAGGACCUGGGCUUGUUGCAAAUCGGGGACGGCCUCCGGAAGAGGCUUAGCCGGAAGGAUGGCCUGAGGCGGCCCGCUGCCUUCCAGGAGAACUUUGCCAUCGUCACACCCCAGAUCAGGUGCACCUUCCAAGGCAUCUUGACUAUGCUGAACACACAGUUCAUCAUUCGGAUAAAGCACCAAGGGGGCUCCAUGGCCGAUGACACAGGGAGGCUCAUGGACCUGAAAGGCCAGAUGAUCUGCAUCUCAGAGUCUAAUGUCAUCCUCUUCCUGGGCUCGCCGUGCGUAGACAAGCUGGAGGAGCUGACUGGCCGUGGCCUCUACCUGUCUGACAUCCCCAUCCACAACGCCCUGCGUGACGUGGUCCUGGUGGGCGAGCAGGCCAAGGCCCAAGAUGGCUUGAAGAAGCGCCUAGGCAAGGCCAAGGCGGCCCUGGAGCACGCUCACCUCGCCCUGGAGGAAGAGAAGAAGAGGACAGUGGAUCUGCUUUUCACCAUUUUCCCGGGGACGGUGGCCCAGGAACUUUGGCAAGGCCACACGGUGGAUGCCAGGGAGUUUGAGCAUGUCACCAUGCUGUUCUCGGACAUCGUAGGCUUCACGGCCGUGUGCUCACGAUGCACGCCUAUGCAGGUGGUCACCAUGCUCAAUGAGCUGUACACACGCUUUGACCACCACUGCGGGGAGCUGGAUGUAUACAAGGUGGAGACUAUCGGUGAUGCGUACUGUGUGGCUGGUGGCUUGCACAAGGAGAGCGAGACUCACGCAGUGCAGAUUGCCCUCAUGGCGCUGAAGAUGAUGGAGCUGUCCGAUGAGGUCAGGACGCCCACUGGCGAGCCAAUCAAGAUGCGAAUUGGCCUGCACACUGGCUCAGUUCUGGCCGGUGUUGUUGGCGUGAUGAUGCCGCGCUACUGUCUGUUUGGCAACAACGUCACAUUGGCAAAUAAGUUUGAGUCCUGUAGCGUACCUGGAAGAAUCAACGUUAGCCCCACAACCCACAGAUUGCUGAAAGAUUGUCCAGAGUUCGUCUUCAUUCCCCGGACCAGACAGGAUCUUCCGCCAAACUUUCCGCCGGAUAUUCCUGGUGUUUGUUACUUCUUGGAGGAUUUUGAUCAAUGGUCGGUCAAAACCACAAGUGACUGUGAGACUACUGAACCAUGCUACAGCAAUACAAACUUCAUGGUUGAGAAAACAUAGAUAGAUGAUGAGACACAGCCACACCUGGGUUCAAUUAAUAUUUGAAAUCUUUGAGCGUUUGAUUGAGCCUGCCUGGAGCGCCAAAUUGGCAGAGUUUGCACUUUUAGCAAUAUUCCAUUGCUUCCAUCGUGCCAUGCAAGCUCAAUCGAGUAGAGUAUUUGAAAGAAAACUAAUAUUUGUAUCCAGGUCUAAAUACAGCUAGCACCCGUUGCUGUAGAUUUCUUUAGGGGAUGUAGAAAUGUUGAUUAUUCUCUUACAAAAUCGCUAGAUGUACAUUUUGUAUGCUUUCACUGGUUUAUUCACCUCACCAGAUUCACGUAAUUUCUUAAAACUGUAAUUAUACUACAACUGCCUAUGUAACUACCAUGUAAAUACAUACAGGUAUUAAUCACACAUUGGGAUAGUCACCCAAAUUACAAAAUUACAUAUUGGUUUCCUUACCCUAUAAGCAGUCUAUGGACAAAUUAAGAAAGCAAUCCAUGCUUUAAUUUGGAUUAACUGGUCUCCAAAUGCAAGUCAAUAUCCCUGCAUUUUUCGCCCCAUCUUGUCCUUAGACUGCAUACAGGCUAAGUGCCAAGGAAACCAAUAUGUCAUUUUGGAAUUUAGUUGAACUAUCCGUUUAAAGAGAAUUACACAUGAACUAAUGUCACGGCAAUGCUAGAACACAAUGAAUGUGCUUCCAUUCCAAUUAAUAUUUAUUACUGUGAUUAGUUUUGUAUUGUCCAAGCGACAAUAAAUAUUGUGAUUAACA